CGGGGAGGCCGCCGGGCCUGCACAGGACACGGCCCUUCGCUUCCCUCCCCGACAACACCUUUCCCCUCCCCUCCCCCCUCUCCGCUUCUUUUUCGUGCCACGCCCCGUUCUCCCCUCGCCUGGAAUAUCCCCCGCCACGAUGAGGAUUCCCGCGCUGGUCUUGGCCCUGCUGGCCUUGCUGGCGGCCACCCUGCUGAGCGCCGCGCCCGGGCUGGCGCUGGACUCCGCCGCGCCCGGCAACUCCACGGCCCCCACCGGGCGGGAGAUGGGCUUCUCGGCCUCGCCGUCGGCGGACGUCGAGCGGCGCUUCCUCCGGCUGUCGGGCUACUUCGACUGGCUGCAAGCGUCCGGCGUCCGGGUGGGAUCCCUGUCGCCGGCCUCGGUCUCCGACGAUGGCAAGGAUGCCCGGUCCUUCUUCGGGCCGGAUGUGUCGCUGCACGUCCACGGCCCGGGCGGCAUUGGCGGCAUUUCGCUGGCCUCUCGUCGGGACAUCCCGGCGGAUGCCCUGCUGUUGCGCGUGCCGGCCGACGCGCUGCUCAUCUUCGAGCCGAGUCUCGUGGCCGGCAUCAAGCUGACCCCGGAGCACCGGCUGACCCUGACCGACCAGGUGGCCAUCUUCCUCAUCCAGCAGCGCAGCGACCCCUCCUCCAAGUGGUAUCACUUCCUGCACUCGCUGCCGGAGAUCUUCCGGACGCCGAUCUACUUCGAGGCUGAGGAGGCGGCCGAUCUGACCGGCACCGACGCCUGGUACUACUUCUUUUCGCGGGAGAAGCACAUCUCGGAGAACUUCGCCGAGAUCCGCCAGGCCCUGGAGACGCGCAAGGCCAGCGGCCGGCCGGUUGUCAUCGAGCCGGAGCUCUUCACUCGGGAUGCCUUCCGCUGGGCCCUGUCGGUCCAGUGGAACUACCUCUUCGAGUUUGACCUGUCGCGCUCGCCGCUGGAGGACGCGCAGCUCCUGAAGUUCAUGGCCCCCCUGGCGGAGCUCUUCCAGCCCUCGAACCCGUUCGCCGGGGCGGAGCUUCCGGCCUCGGGCGAGGCGCUGGCCGACCCGGACCACCAGCCGGAGGAUGGCCUGGAGGAGGCCGUGGAGAAUGUGGCCUGCACGCUGACGCUGGCUACGGACGCCUCCCGGGACCCGGACAGCUACAGCCGCCUGGCGGAUGUCCUGGCGGCGGUGGCCUCGUUGGAGUGCCGUGCGCUGCGGGACAUCCCGGCCGGGUCGAUGCUCUUCCGUAACUACGGCAAGCCCAACUCCAAUGCGGUGCUCAUGUCGGAGAUUGGGACCGCCUUUUCGGAUAACCACGCCGACACCGUGGUGGUCCCCAUGCCGAAGAUGUCGGUCUCCGACAUCGCCCGCACGCACCCGGUGUUCAACUUCUUCCCGGACAACUUCCUGGAGAGCAUGUCCUCCACGACCAAUGAGUACUCGGAGUUCACCGUCGACUGGACCGGCAUGCCGACCGAGGACCCGGCCCUGAUGGCCUACUUCCGCCUGUGGGAGAUGACCCCGGACGAGCGCGACCGCACCCUCACCGACACGGAGUACGCCCAUGCGGUGACGCUGCGCCUGCUGGACGGCCGCCCGCUCUCCGUGGAGAAUGAGAUCGCCGUGGUCAAGCGCCUGAUUUCCUACAUCGGCGCGCGCCAGGCCCGGUACCGUGCGGAUCUCGAUGACGAGUAUGCCUCGCUGGAUCGCAUUGAGACCGACCUGGCCGAGGCGGCCGUCGGCGAUGACCUGAACCUCUACCAUGCGCUGAUGGUGAAGCACUCCAUUUUCACCUUGCGAUCUGCGGAGCAGCUCCUUCUCCGGGUGAACUCCGAGCUGCUGCGCCAGCGCCUGGAGCAGCUCCAGGCCGACCCGGACAAUCUGGAAGCCCCGCAGCCGGGCCUGCCCAAGGCGCCGGAAGCCCCGCCCCGGACGUUCUCCCUGCGCGACGACCUGUGAGAGUGGGCAUCACUGUUGGCGGCGAAGGGGGCUGAGGGAGCCGGGGCGGGGCUUCGUGUGUGCGCGGCCCUGUCCCCCCCCCCUCCCCCCCCGGCGCGCCCUCCCUUGCGGGACUCCCCCUGUGGCGGCACUGCUGGUUGGUGUCGCCCGGCGCUGGUGGAUGGCGUUCUCCCCUCCUCCCGGCCUGGCCUUGGCGCCCUUUGGGGCGAAUGCAUGUGCCUCGGCGAAUACAUGCAUGUGCAUUUAUUCGCAUGCGCGUGUCCAUGCUGUCAUGUGUUGGUGAGUGUGAGUGCUUUGACGGGGGGGGGGGGGGGGGGGGGGG